AUGAUUGAAGAUGUUGAGUCAGAGGAUUGGGAUGCACCACCUGUUGACUUCUCCCAUGAUAAUGCUGCUCCAUGUCCAGGCUGUAUAUACUCCCACCCAUCUGCUGAUAUUGACAACAACCCCACUCCCAGCAAAAGUCGUUGUGUUGCUAUUGAGGAAGUUGAGGACAAGGACAAGACAUUCUUCCACUCUGGGCGUUAUUUUGAACCUCGUGGAGAUGCUGGCUGGGCAAAAACUUUUGAAAGGCAUAGAAGAUAUCAGAAGGAAGAGGGUGAGCAUGCAUGGGUGCCCUUCAAAGAUACACAAAACCACAUGAAAGUCUUGUUCCAAAACAACCACUCUUUCUUGCAGAGGGUCGACAAUCUUCCACAUGGACCAGGUUGGAGUUGCAGGAAGGUUACUGUGUGGGGAAACCUUGAGGAUGAUAAUGGAGUACCAUUGCAAGAAAAUGUUGAGCUUUGGAGUUGGGAUCUGGUAGAGUGUGUCAAGGAGUUAAUUAACAUCCCUUUGUUUAAGGUGGAUAUGGUGUACUCACCUGCCAGAGCGUAUGUGGACUGUGUAGGCCAACAUAGAGUGAUUGACGAGAUGUGGACGGCAGACUGGUGGAGCGAGACACAAACAUCAGCACAAGCAAUGAUUCUUAUUGGUUACUUACCUGCAGGCAAAUUCGACUGCUUUACUCCUAAUGCACACUUACUGGCCAGAUACAGACUUUUUUAUCACUGCAUGGCUCUACUACUCCAUUCUCUCAUAGCUACUGGACAAGAUGGCAUUGAAAUGUGCCUGGUUUCCUGUUUCAAGGAGAAUCAUUGUCCAAAGUGUAACAGACUCAACUCGGUGAUAUGUGAUCCAGAGUCGAUGAAAGAGAUUCUGGAAAGGUGCAAGAACAGUCAGCAUCCUCUGGAAUUUGAGGAAAACAGUCUACACGCCGUUCAUAAACCAUUCUGGGCAGAUAUGCCUCAUUGCAGUAUCUUCCUUGCAUUCACUCCUGACCUUUUGCACAAACUCCAUAAAGGAGUGUUUAAGGACCAUCUUGUGAAGUGGUGUGUUGAUAUUGUUGGCGAGGAAGAAAUGGACGUGCAUUUCAAGGUGAUGCCUGACUAUCCAGGGCUCUGUCACUUCAAGAAAGGUAUAUUGGCUGUUAAACAAUGGACCAGUGUCAUGCAUGGUAUGCAACUCAUACCAUGA